ACAACGAAAUAAACGCAGGUCGCGGUUCGACGACGUAUUCGCCUUAGCCAAUCUCAGUCAAUCAGUUGACAGGAAACCGCGUGAGCGUUCGGUUCGAAGUCGUCGUCGGCUGUUGUCCGUUGGAGAAGCUCUCUAUUCCAGACCACCUCGGAGGUGUUUUUCUUUGGAAGUGUUCGUAGAGUUUUGAGAAGAAGAGAUUCAGAUUUUUGUUUCUCGGUGAAAACUCAUCAUUUGAGUGCUUUCGUUUUAUGCUCUCAGUUCCGUUGCUGGUGGUGUCAUCGUGUCCAUAAGUGAAAGUUGCACGUGGAAGGUGGUGAUCAGCAGAGUAUUCGAUAAGAGUAUAUUUGCUGUUUACCGUUAAGUUUUGGCUUUCUGUGUGUUCCACGUCGUUUCCGAAGCGCCAAAGCUGCUGUUGUUAAGCAAUCGUUAGCAUAGUGGUCUGUUAUUUUUGGUUAUUCAACGCUUUACUGGAUAUUACUCAACGGUGUUACCUUCGUGCAUUCAACCGAAGAACAGAUAACGGAACGGUAACAAUCAGUAAAAAUGUCCGCGAAAGCAAUCCGCGAAGCAACCGGCAAGGAUAUUAUUAAUCGACACCUCACGGGAGACCACGGCGCUGCCAAGUGUCGGUUCGCAGCAGUUGAUGAAAGUACACAGUGGACGCAACUCGUCGCCGAUAAUCCCUGGCUCGAGACUACGCCCCUCGUUGUGAAGCCCGAUCAGUUAAUCAAACGGCGCGGAAAAUUAGGAUUGAUCGCCGUCAACAAAAAAUUCGCCCAAGUUAAGCAAUGGGUCGACGAACGCAAGGGCAAGGAUCAGAAGGUGGGCAAUGCUACUGGCAAGCUGCGCAACUUUAUCAUAGAACCGUUCGUUCCACACAAGGAUAGUGAAGAAGCCUACGUUUGUAUCUAUUCUCACCGAACGGCAGACACGAUUUUGUUCUAUCACCAAGGAGGUGUCGACAUUGGGGAUGUGGACGCAAAAGCACUGAAACUUGACGUACCUGUUGGACAAGAUGUUUCCAUUGAGAAUAUCGAGAAAAGGCUGCUAACGGAAGUAGCGGCCGAUAAGAAAAAGAGAAUUGCAAGUUUUAUCUUCAAUCUGUACAAACUCUAUGUGGACCUGUACUUUACGUAUUUGGAAAUCAAUCCAUUGGUGGUAACGGAUAGUGCCAUCUACAUUUUGGAUCUGGCAGCGAAGAUUGAUGCCACCGCCGAUUUCAUCUGCCGUCCGAAGUGGGGUGAAAUUGACUAUCCUCCGCCAUUUGGACGUGAUGCUUAUCCGGAGGAAGCUUAUAUUGCUGAUUUGGACGCGAAAAGCGGCGCUUCACUGAAGCUUACCAUUCUCAAUCGCAAUGGUCGGAUAUGGACCAUGGUGGCUGGAGGUGGAGCUAGUGUCAUUUAUUCCGACACCAUUUGUGAUCUGGGUGGCGCUGCCGAGCUAGCCAACUAUGGUGAAUACAGUGGUGCUCCUUCGGAGCAACAGACCUAUGAGUAUGCAAAGACUAUUCUCAGUCUCAUGACCAGCAGUCCGAAGCAUCCGGAAGGCAAGGUUCUAGUCACCGGUGGAGGCAUUGCUAAUUUCACCAACGUCGCAGCAACCUUCAGAGGUAUCAUCACAGCCCUGCGAGAGUUCCAGCAGAAGCUUAUCGAGCAUAAUGUGUCCAUUUUUGUGCGCCGUGCUGGUCCCAACUAUCAGGAAGGUUUAAGAAAAAUGCGGGAAAUCGGUAGCACAUUGGGAAUCCCUCUCUUCGUGUUCGGUCCGGAGACACACAUGACAGCUAUUUGCAGUAUGGCUCUCGGCAAAAAGGCUAUCCCAAAGAGUUGCAACGUUCAUUUUGCUACAGCAAACUUCCUAUUGCCUGGUGGUCAGCAGGCAGCGGAAGCAGCAAGGAAAUCUUCUGCUGGCACAAGCGACGCUGUCAAUGCAACUGCAUCAACAACAUCAACAACACCGACGACAGUAGCGACGACAACCACGAACAGUAACUCCAGUAACGGCCCACGGUCGAGCACAAGUAGCAAUAAUAGUAACAGUAGCGGUCCACCACCAGUAAAGUUCGCUCAGGCGGAAAUCGGUUCAGGGGAAUAUCAACAGAUGUUCAACAACCGAACCAAAGCCCUGGUUUGGGGCAUGCAGACACGAGCCGUCCAGUCAAUGUUAGAUUUCGAUUUCAUUUGUCGGCGCGAUGAACCUUCGGUUGUCGCCAUGGUAUACCCAUUCACCGGAUAUCACAAGCAGAAGUUCUACUGGGGCCACAAGGAGGUGCUUAUCCCAGUGUACUCCAAGAUGUCCGAAGCUAUUGCUAAACACAAGGAAGCUGAUGUGCUUGUUAAUUUCGCCUCAUUGCGCUCCGCUUAUGAUAGCUCCGUUGAAGUGUUGGACUAUCCCCAGAUUCGUACGAUUGCCAUCAUCGCCGAAGGUAUUCCGGAGAACCUCACUCGCAAGCUGAACGUAGCGGCCCGUGCUAAGAAUGUAUCGAUCAUUGGUCCUGCCACUGUGGGUGGUGUUAAGCCAGGGUGCUUUAAGAUUGGAAACACCGGUGGUAUGUUGGAUAACAUUCUGCACUCCAAACUGUACCGCCCAGGAAGUGUUGCUUACGUUUCUCGUUCGGGUGGCAUGUCCAACGAGCUGAACAACAUAAUUUCUCUCACCACCGACGGUGUGUUCGAAGGAGUUGCCAUUGGUGGAGAUCGCUAUCCGGGAACCACCUUCAUGGAUCAUAUUCUGCGCUACCAGGCCGAUCCGGAUGCAAAGAUGAUUGUACUGCUGGGAGAAGUCGGUGGUGUUGAGGAGUAUGAGGUGUGUGAAGCUUUACAGGAUGGCAGAAUCACAAAGCCACUGAUCGCGUGGUGUAUCGGUACUUGCGCUGGAAUGUUCACCUCCGAAGUGCAAUUUGGCCAUGCCGGUUCCUGUGCCAAUUCGGAUCGUGAAACUGCUACGGCAAAGAACAAGGCACUUGGUGCUGCAGGAGCUCAUGUUCCUGAUUCAUUUGAUACAUUGGGUGAACUGAUAGGAUCCGUAUAUGCCGAUCUAGUCAAGAGUGGGGUAAUUGUUCCGGCCGAAGAAGUCCCACCACCAACUGUACCGAUGGAUUAUUCGUGGGCUCGCGAGCUGGGAUUGAUUCGUAAGCCAGCUUCCUUCAUGACAUCGAUCUGUGAUGAACGAGGACAAGAGCUGCUGUAUGCGGGAAUGCCAAUCAGCGAUGUCCUGCAGAAGAACGUCGGCAUUGGUGGGGUUGUUUCGCUGCUCUGGUUCCAGCGGUGUUUGCCACCGUACGUGUGCAAAUUCUUCGAGAUGUGUCUAAUGGUUACGGCCGAUCACGGACCGGCGGUGUCCGGAGCCCACAAUACGAUUGUGUGCGCACGUGCCGGCAAAGAUCUCGUCUCGUCGGUGGUUAGCGGUUUGCUGACGAUCGGUGAUCGAUUUGGUGGCGCAUUGGAUGGUGCCGCGAAGCAAUUCUCGGAAGCUUACGAUUCCAAUCUACAUCCAAUGGAGUUUGUUAACUCGAUGAGGAAGAAGGGUCAACUGAUCAUGGGUAUUGGUCAUCGGGUCAAAUCGAUCAAUAAUCCUGACAUUCGUGUUAAGAUAAUCAAGGAAUUUGUGAUGGAGAACUUCCCGGCUAAACCACUGCUCGAGUAUGCCCUAGAGGUCGAGAAAAUCACCACUAGCAAGAAACCGAACCUGAUUCUUAACGUCGAUGGUGUUAUCGCAACUUCGUUCGUCGACAUGCUUCGCAAUUGUGGAUCCUUCACUAGCGAGGAAGCCCAAGAAUACAUAAACAUUGGUGCUAUCAACUCACUGUUUGUUCUUGGCCGCAGCAUUGGCUUCAUCGGCCAUUACAUGGAUCAGAAGCGCCUGAAGCAGGGCUUGUACCGUCAUCCGUGGGAUGACAUCUCCUACGUACUUCCAGAACAGUAUAAUUAAAUUCUAAUUGACAUCCAGACAGGUAAAUCUAGCAAGAUUGGCGUUGAAGGGGCAAAGGCUGAUGAAGCACAACAAAAGAGAGAUACACGUUUCGUUACUUCUCCGCUGAUUUGUAUACACAUUUUUCUUUCGUUUUAUGAUCAUUACAUUUCCAAGAAAGGCUGAUUUUUUAAAUAUCGCUCUGGACAAGAUCGCAAAAAGACAGGGAUCUAAACACCUGAAUCUCGAUCGAUUAGUAGAAUAAGGAAGUAUGAGCGAUUUUCAAUGGCAACAGCAAAUCAUCCUAUGACUCAUUCCAUUUCAAAUUCACCGUUUGAUUAUCCCUCAUUCUACUUUGUUUUCCACAAUUAUGUUCGCCAAACUUUUUUAAGGAUGCAUUUAUUCAUUCACCUCAUUCGCAUAGGGAAGUGUGGACGAACAAAAUUAUCCAAAUUCAAAUAAAAUUUAAGUUAUUCGUUAUGUUUAAGAUCACGAUAUGAUCGUCAGUGUACAUUUUCCUUCUCUACCAAUAACAAAUGCUCGUAGCGCGCAGACACAGUCGGUUGAUACAACAAAAAUCGCACAAUUCCACCAUUUGUUGAUAACUAUAAGCAGACCUAUAAACACAUUUCUAGAAAAUUUUUGGGUGGGAUAAUGCUGUGAAAUGCAGCAAAUCAAUCACUAUUCUUUUGAAUUUCAUGCAAGCAUUGAUUAUAUUCAUUCAUUUCUGCCGAGAAGAACAAAAAGAUAUUUUAAUUCGAGACUAUGUAAUUUAACAGCAACGAACUAUCUCUUAUCUAUUGUCUGUUGUAAGGUUAGCGUCUCACAAUUACAGUUUUAUUGUAAUAAAUCGAUGUCCAUUGUA